AUUGAUACCUAAUACUAGUUAUACUAUUGGAGUGAGAGCAUAUACUAGUAUUGGACCAGGAGAAUGGGCUGCAGAAACAAUUAACAUUGCAAAAGUAGGUAAUUUUACUCUCAAAUACCUCAAUGCAACUUCUAUACAAAUGAAUUGGCUACCUAUUCCAGGGGCCAGUUACUACACUAUCUAUUACAGCAGUGAGUUUGAUGAUGAUUCAAUGAAUGUUAGCAAUGAAACAAAUCAAAGUGUCGUAUCAGGACUAUACUCAUGCCUCAUUUACUCAUUUGAGAUGUCAGUGACUAUAGAAAUAAAUGGAACUUAUUAUGAAGGACCUAGAACUGAACUAACAGUUUCUCGUUCUACUGAUACAAUGACUACUGUGUUGACUACUGUAUUAGUGAAUAAUGGAGGAACUAUUACUGGAUGGAUAAUUGGUGUGAUAGUAUUAACAUCACUAUUGGCUGUAUCUGUAAUUAUUAUACUGGUACUGGUUGUAUAUAGAAAAAGAACUAAUAUCAAUCAAAAGAGAAAAUUAGAUAAUGACAUUGUAAUGGAAUGCAGUCCAGCUUAUAGAUCUACUACAAAUAUUGCUGAUAAUAUGGAUUGUCCAAUAUAUGAUACAGUAAAACAAACACUAUUAAAUGUUGAGCCAGUGUAUGACACAACAGGGCCUGAGACUACUACUCCACCUGCUGAAUAUGAAAUACCAACUGUUUCAUGAUUUGGUGCACAAUACAACAUUAAAGUGUGUCUUUGUCAUAGAUUUAAACUUUAAAGUUGCACAACAGUUUAGUACUUCAUCAUUGAGUACAAAAAAUUUUACAAUAAUUAAAAUUCUGUGCGUGA